UUUUUCUCCUUAGGCAGUACAGCAAGUGGACUACUAUGCAAACUGCACUACACAGAAGAUUUGACUCUGUCUUCUAGCAUGGGAACCCUCUGGCACUUACGAUACAUUUUAAUUUUACUCUGUAUUUCAGUGCCGAAUACCACAGGGAUCAAGCAAAGACCAAGAGGUGGCUUGAAGAUAUGGGAUCCUGAAACAGCUUACCUCACCAGAUGUGAUUUCAACAAUAACUCAAGGCCAUUCUGUGACUGGACCCAGCCUUGCAAUGUCAACCAAGGAAUGUGGAUACGAACCAAGCAUGACACUCCAACUCAUGGAACAGGUCCUGAUGGAGAUUAUCCUGAUGGAAGUGGUUAUUUCAUCUACCAAGAAGCGAGCAAUCUGAUCCCCUUUGACACUAACAGGCUGGAGAGCCCAGACAUUGUAGUUUCUGGAAAAAUAUGCAUAGACUUCUGGUACUACAUGUUUGGAAUAGAAGAGAUGAAUGAGCUCAGAGUGCUUGUCCAAGAUGGCACAAGGGAGUCUGUGGUGUGGCAUCGGAAGGGAAACCAGAGUUCCGUCUGGGAAUAUGGUGCCAUCACUCACACUUUUCCAACACAGAGAAAGAUAAAGGUGAUUUUUGAGGCUGUUCGAGGACUGACAGAAUAUGGGGAUACAGCACUGGACAAUGUGAGAGUAAGGGAUGGACCCUGUGAUGUCCCUACACCUGUACCACCCACACCUACACCAACAGAACCUACACCACUUCCAGUGACAGAAGCUAUUUGCACUAUUCACGGGGAUCCCCACUACAACACCUUUGACAAGCAGCGUCAUGACUUCAUGGGCACCUGCACCUACACCCUCUCCAAGCUGUGUGAGAACAACAGCUCCCUGCCCUACUUCAAUGUGGAAGCAGCCAACGAGCACAGGAAAGGCAACACUCGUGUGUCCUAUGUCCAGUACGUGGAUAUUGAUGUCUAUGGCUACAGGAUCAACCUUGGUCAAAAAAGAGCUGUUAAGGUGAAUGGAGUCAGCCAGGUGGUCCCUGUGACCUUGGUUCCAGGUGUCAGUAUUUACCUCAGUGGGCAGUAUGUUGUGGUUACUACUGACUUCGGGCUGCAAGUCAAGUUUGAUGGAAAUCAGAGAGUAGAAAUCACUCUUCCCAGUACCUACAUGUCUAAAGUCUGUGGAAUAUGUGGAAAUUACAAUGGGCAAAGAAAAGAUGACUUUCUCAACCCAGAUGGAGAGAUGGAACCAAACUCAACCAGCCUUGGCAACAGUUGGCAGGUUUACAAUGACUCCAGAUGCUCACCAGAUGAUGGCCAUACUCCAAACUGCACUGAUGAUGAAAAACAUAUGAUCCAAAGCAGUGCAUACUGUGGUCUGAUCACAGAUCCAAAUGGUCCAUUCCAGAAGUGCCACUCAGUAAUCGAUCCACAGAGUUAUUUUGAAGAUUGCCAGUAUGAUCUCUGUGAGCUUCACUUGGACAAUGCAGCCCUCUGUGAAAGCCUACAGGCCUAUGCAGAUGCGUGCCAAACUGCAGGAGUCCAGCUGGCACCAUGGAGAAAUGCAACCUUUUGCCCAUUGGCCUGUCCGGCCAACAGUCACUACGAGUCCUGUGCUGCAGCCUGCCCUGCCACCUGUGUUGACCCAACAGCCCCAGAUAACUGCAGCCUGCCGUGUGUGGAGGGCUGUGUGUGUGACAGCGGGUACCUGCUCUACAAUGACCGCUGCGUGCCCAGCCAGCAGUGUGGCUGCUGGCACAACGGGCAGCACUACCCCGUGGGCUCCGAGUUCUGGACGGACGACAGCUGCUCCUCCAAGUGCACGUGUCCCGCACGAGGAAGCAAAGUCCAGUGCUUCAAUGCCUCCUGCCCUGCGGGCCAGUACUGUGGGGUGCAGAACGGGAAACCUGUGUGCCUCGAACACUCCUACGGCAUCUGCCACGUGCACGGGGACCCCCACUACAAAUCCUUUGACAAAGUGAGGCACAACUUCAUGGGCAACUGCACCUACACCCUGGCCAAAGUGUGCUCCAACACCACCUCCCUGCCCUACUUCAACGUGGAGGCCAAGAACGAGCACCGUGGCAACACCCGAGUGUCCUACGUGCGCGAAGUCGUGGUUGAGGUGUACGGACAGCGCAUCGUCAUCACCAAGCAGCAGACGAGCCACGUGCUGGUGAACAACGUGCGGCAGACGUUGCCGGUGAGCGCAGCGGGAGGGGCCAUCACGGUGAGCAAGAGCGGUCGCUACAUCGUCCUGGAGACAGACUUCAACCUCAGAGUGUCCUACGACACUGACCACUCGGUGGAGGUGAAGGUGCCCACCACCUACUUCAACCUGACCUGUGGCAUGUGUGGCAACUUCAACAACCGCAAAGACGACGAGUACAUGAUGCCCAACGGGCAACAAGCCGCAAACUCCAAUGAGCUGGGGGAGAGCUGGCAGGUCCCGGACAGUGACCCCUCCUGCGGUGUCCCUGUGCCUUCCCCGCCCUGCAGCGCAGAAGAGGAGGAGCUCUACCGCUCCGACCAGUUCUGUGGCCUACUGACCACCAGGCCUAGCUCUUUUGAGAAUUGCCACGGCGUGAUCAACCCCCAGGACUACUUUGACACCUGCUUGUACGACCUGUGUGCCCUGAAUGGUGGCCAGGAGUUCCUGUGUGCUGCUCUGGAGGCCUAUGCCGACGCGUGCCAGGCAGCUGGUGUGACUGUUCUUCCCUGGAGGAAUGCUACCUUCUGCCCUGUUGCAUGCCCUCCCAAUAGUCAUUACAAUCCAUGCACCAGUGCUUGUCCGGCAACCUGCACUGACCCUCUUGCAUCGCAGAACUGCAGCAGACCUUGUGUAGAAGGGUGUGAAUGCAACAGUGGCUUUGUCCUCAGUGGAGGACAAUGUGUGUCCAUGAGCAACUGUGGAUGCCUCCAGAAUGGCAAAUAUUAUGAGAAAGGAGAAUCCUUUUGGCAACCAGACUGUGUAGGCCAAUGUGUAUGUACUGGAAAUGGAACUGUAGUUUGCAAUUCAGACACAUGUGAAGUAAGCGAGGUUUGCAAGGUGCAGAGUGGACUCCUGGGAUGUUAUCCAUUGAAUCCCAGCACCUGCCACAUUUUUGGGGAUCCACAUUAUAUAACCUUUGAUGGGAGACUGUACCAUUUCCAAGGAGACUGCAAUUAUACUGUUGUUGAGAGAUGCACAAAUUCUUCUGAAAAGUUCUCAGUGACAACCAGAAAUGAACAUAGAGGAAAUCCAAACUGGACAGCCUUGAACUCAGUUGCUGUCACACUGAAAAACCUGCACAUUGUGAUGAAGAAAAACAAAGAGACUUAUGUGAAUGGAGUUCAGGUUUAUCUUCCUGUGGAUUUGAACAACGAAGCCAGAGCAUCCAUACAAGGACACUACACAGUCAUUGAUACAUCUCUAGGGAUCCAGGUUAAGUUUGAUGGUGACCAGGAGCUUUUUGUUCUGGUUGAUGAAAGUCUCAAAGGACAAUUGUGUGGUCUCUGUGGGACAUUCAAUGACAACCAACUGGAUGACUUUUUAAACCCAGAUAAAGUCCUAGAACAGGAUCCAAAUAAAUUUGGUGACAGCUGGAUAGUGAAGGAUGACAACAGGACGUGUAAUCAAGUUUCAGUUGUACCGCCCGCUUGUGACACAGAAAAAGAGAAAGAAUAUGAAGAACUCUGCAAAAUUAUUUUGAAAGAGAAUGGAACUUUUCAGUUCUGCCAUUGGCACAUUCCCCCACAACUGUACUUUGACAGCUGUGUCUAUGAUCUGUGUGCCACAGAGGGGGAUUCUGAUCAGUACUGCAAGAUUUUAGAGGCAUACGCUGCUGCCUGUGAAACUGAAGGUGUAAAUCUGGGUGAAUGGAGGAAGGAUACUAUCUGUGGUGCACCAACAGGCUGCAAUAUGUUCUGUACAUUUGAAGUUGACUUCUGUGAGUGGAAACAGGAAACUAAUGACAACUUUGACUGGAUAAGGCACAAGGGACCAACACCCACACCCAGUACUGGCCCUUCCCAUGACCACACGACUGGAGAGGGCUAUUAUAUCUACCUGGAAGGAAGCAAGCAACAGCCAGCUGAUGUAGCCCGCUUGGUCAGUCCAAUGUGCAGUUCCGAAGGAUUUCACUGCUUCCGCUUCUGGUAUCACAUGUAUGGACCGGCUGAAGCAAUGGCCCUGCGUGUGUAUGUAGUUCACAAUGAGACAUCUACACUGGAAUGGGAAGAUGUUGGAAACAAAGAGGACGGAUGGAACUUGGGAGAAGUCACGGUAUAUAACAGAGGAAAUAUGCAGAUUGUCCUGGAGGGCAUGAUUGGUGAAGAUCUCCGGAGUGAUAUAGCUUUGGAUGAUCUGUCCAUUGUAAAGGGACAAUGCACAGAGGGCACUACAACAACAGGACCCACAAGCACAACACCAUCAGAAGAGACACCCACAUCAACACCCAUACCAGAUUCAGGCACCUGUGUGGUGGAAGGAGACCCUCACUACCACACAUUCGACAAGCAGUUACACCAUUUCAUGGGCACCUGCACCUACACCCUCUCCAAGCUGUGUGAGGGCAACAGCUCCCUGCCCUACUUCAAUGUGGAAGCGGCCAACGAGCACAGGGGAGGCAACACCCGUGUGUCCUAUGUCCGAUACGUGGAUGUCGAUGUGGCUGACCAGCGGAUAAGGCUGGGACAGGGUGGAGUGGUGACGGUCAAUGGAGUGGAAGAGAUCCUGCCUUGCAGCCCAUCCGAAGGCGUGCAGGUCCUGUCCAGCGGCUUCUACACCAUGGUCAUGACAGACUUUGGCUUGAGAGUCAAGUUUGAUGGGAAGCAUCGGGUGGAGGUGACACUUCCAAGCACCUAUGGGCAGAAGGUUUGUGGCAUGUGUGGGAACUACAACGGGAUGGCAGCAGAUGACUUCCAGAACCCUGAAGGGACAAUGGAGCCAGACUCCACCAGCCUGGGCAACAGCUGGGAGGUGUCCAACAACAGCAGCUGCUCAGCCGGACUUCUGCCCACCCCAGCCUGCAAUGAGACUGACAAGCAAGUCAUCAGCAGCAGCCACUUCUGUGGGCUCCUCACUGACCCCAGCGGCCCAUUUCAGGUGUGCCAUGCUGUGCUGAGCCCCAACAGCUACUUUGACACCUGCUCCUAUGACCUCUGUGAGCUGGGGCUGGACCGCGAGACCCUGUGCAAGAGCUUGCAGUCCUAUGCAGAUGCCUGCCAGUCACUUGGUGUCCAGAUACCUGUGUGGAGGAAUGCAACCUUCUGCCGUAAGUCCAGACAUGGUACCAUGGGCCAGUACACUCAGAAAAACACAGGACACAGUGGACACAGUUGGACGAGUGAGCUGGGGAAUAAGAACUACCCUCCCCUAUUGGCUGUACACUACAAAUCCUUUGACAAAGUGAGGCACAACUUCAUGGGCAACUGCACCUACACCCUGGCCAAAGUGUGCUCCAACACCACCUCCCUGCCCUACUUCAACGUGGAGGCCAAGAACGAGCACCGUGGCAACACCCGAGUGUCCUACGUGCGCGAAGUCGUGGUUGAGGUGUACGGACAGCGCAUCGUCAUCACCAAGCAGCAGACGAGCCACGUGCUGGUGAACAACGUGCGGCAGACGUUGCCGGUGAGCGCAGCGGGAGGGGCCAUCACGGUGAGCAAGAGCGGUCGCUACAUCGUCCUGGAGACAGACUUCAACCUCAGAGUGUCCUACGACACUGACCACACAGUGGAGGUGAAGGUGCCCACCACCUACUUCAACCUGACCUGUGGCAUGUGUGGCAACUUCAACAACCGCAAAGACGACGAGUACAUGAUGCCCAACGGGCAGCAAGCCGCAAACUCCAAUGAGCUGGGGGAGAGCUGGCAGGUCCCGGACAGUGACCCCUCCUGCGGUGUCCCUGUGCCUUCCCCGCCCUGCAGCGCAGAAGAGGAGGAGCUCUACCGCUCCGACCAGUUCUGUGGCCUACUGACCACCAGGCCUAGCUCUUUUGAGAAUUGCCACGGCGUGAUCAACCCCCAGGACUACUUUGACACCUGCUUGUACGACCUGUGUGCCCUGAAUGGUGGCCAGGAGUUCCUGUGUGCUGCUCUGGAGGCCUAUGCCGACGCGUGCCAGGCAGCUGGUGUGACUGUUCUUCCCUGGAGGAAUGCUACCUUCUGCCCUCUGCAGUGUCCCCCCAACAGCUACUAUGACCCCUGCAUGACCGGCUGUCCUGCCACCUGUGUUGACCAACAAGCCCCACAGAACUGCUCCAAGCCUUGUGUGGAGGGCUGUGCAUGUAGCUCUGGCUUCCUCCUGAGUGGAGACACCUGUGUGCCCGAGGCCAACUGCGGCUGCCUCUUUGAGGGCAACUACUACACUGAAGGCGAAUCCUUCGUGAAUGAGAACUGCACUCGCCGGUGCCGCUGUGAAGCCAAAGGCCAGAUGGUUUGCUCUGCCUUGUCCUGUGGUGAGGACGAGGUCUGCAAGAUCCAGGAUGGCCAGAGGGGCUGUUAUCCAGCCAACACUGCCAUCUGCCACAUCUACGGUGACCCACAUUACAGCACCUUUGAUGGGAAGCUCCACCACUUCCAGGGCUCCUGCAACUACACAGUGGUGACGGGCUGUGACAACUCCUCCGUCGGGUUCAGUGUCACCACCCGUAACAAACAUCGUGGCAGCCAGAGCUGGACAGCUCUGGACUCUGUGGCGCUGUCCCUCGAAGGCCUCCACAUUGCACUGCGCAAGCACAAGGCCGUCUACAUCAACGGUACUCUGGUCUCCCUGCCCGCUUCUCCUGCCGCCGGUGUGACCAUUUCCCUGAGCGGCUCCUACGUGCAGGUUUCUACCAAGCUAGGCCUGCAGCUGCGGUUCAAUGGGGACAAUGAGCUCCUGGUGAAGGUGUCUGAGAAAUACAAGGGCAAACUCUGUGGGCUGUGUGGGACGUACACUGGGAGCCAGCAGGACGACUUCAUGCGACCCGAUGGGGUGGUGGUACCUGACUUCAAUGACUUUGGAGCCAGCUGGAUGGUGCCAGAUGAUGAGUGGCCGUGUGACCCAGCCAUCAGCCCACCUGCAUCCUGCUCCCCUGAGGAAGAGGAGGCAGCUAACAAGCAGUGUUCAAUCCUCACACACCUCGGUGGCCCAUUCCAGCCGUGCCAUGCAGUUCUGCCGCCCGAGACAUACUUUGAGAGCUGUGUCUAUGACCAGUGUGCCACGGGUGGCAGCACGGAGCAGCUCUGCAAUGACCUGGGGGCCUAUGCUGCAGCCUGUGCUGAGGCAGGCGUUGCUCUGGGAGACUGGAGUGCUGGCACUGUCUGUGCUCCUACAACCCCACCCCCCUUGCCAGGCACUACAACGCCGCCUCCAAAUACAACAACAUCACCGUCACCUGGGACAGGCACAGAUCGUGCUUCCUGCAGUGCCUCUGGGGACCCACAUUACAACACUUAUGACCACAAAGUCCAUAAUUUCAUGGGAAAUUGCACUUACACCCUCUCCAAAGUGUGCACUGUCUCUGAGGGCCUUCCAUACUUUGAUGUGUCCACAACAAAUGAGCACAGAGGAGCCAACACCAAAGUCUCUUAUGUGAAGUCAGUGCAUGUGGAAGUCUAUGACAAUCAGAUUUCUCUGCUGAAAAACAAGAAAGUGAAUGUGAAUGGUCAAAGAAUGAACUUGCCUGUAUUUAUUGAAAAGAAGAUCAGUAUUCAAAGCAGUGGUGGAUAUGUUCUCUUGGAAACUGACUUUGGACUGUGGGUGAGAUAUGAUGGAAAUCAUUAUGCAGAAGUGUCUGUGCCCUCUAAUUACAGUGGUCUGCUCUGUGGCCUUUGUGGUAAUUAUAAUGGUGAUCCAAAUGAUGACAAUAUCAAGUCCAAUGGUGACAUUGCAAGUGAUUCCACUGAUCUUGGAGAAAGCUGGCAGGUGCCUGAAAAUAACACCAUAUGCUCCAGUGGUGGGACAGAAGAGCAAUGUGAUCCUGUGUUGGAGACUGAAGCAAAGAAAAACACAGCAUGUGGCAUGAUCACAGACCCGACAGGUAUCUUCAAGGACUGUCACUCCAAGGUGCCUCCACAGAAUUUCUUUGAAAACUGUGUUUAUGAUAUGUGUUUCACUGGGGGACAAGCAACAUCCUUAUGCUAUGGACUGCAGGCCUAUGCUGAGUCGUGUGUCAAUGCUGGGAUAUGCAUAGAAUGGAGGAAUGCUACUCUUUGCCCAAUGUCCUGUCCUGGAGGCAGCAUCUACAAGAGCUGUGGUACUAGGUGUCCCUCUACCUGUUUGAACAUCUCAGCAGUUGAUUCCUGCAGUUCUUUGCCAGUGGAAGGUUGCUUCUGUAAGGAAGGCUAUGUUUUGAGUGGAGACAAAUGCGUGCCAGAAAGCAACUGUGGUUGUGUUGAUGAAAAAAACCAGUAUCACCAGCUGAAUGAAAACUGGUUCACCCGUUUCCCCUGCACUGAGCGCUGCACCUGCAAGGCAAAUAACACCAUUGAGUGCAAAUCCUGGGAGUGUGGAGUCCAAGAGGAGUGCAGUAUUCAGGAUGGUGUGCUGGGCUGUCAUUCCAAUGGUCAAGCAACAUGUCAAGUGGUAGGAGAUCCCCAUUAUUUCACUUUUGAUGGAAUGAAGUACACUUUUGUGGGAACCUGCACCUACACUUUGGUUGAGGUUGUCAACACUGCCACCAAUGUCAUUCCUAUCACCAUACUUGGCAAGAAUGAAGACAGGGGACUAAGAGGAGCCACAUACCUGAAAGAAGUCUACAUAGAUGUGCAUGGUGUACGAAUCACCCUUCAGAAAAACCAAGGAAUCCUGCUGAACAAUGAGAGAGUCUACACUCCAGUGCAGGACCGACUGCAAGGCGUGUCCAUUGGAAUUGUUGGCAGAUUUAUAGUAUUGGAAACUGACUUUGGUAUGAUAGUGAAAUAUGAUGGCAAUCACCAUCUGGAAAUCACCCUCCCACGCUCUUAUUUCUCACAGGUGCAGGGCAUGUGCGGCAAUUUCAAUGGUAAUCGUGAAGAUGAUCUGUCCUUGACCAAUGGUACAGUUGUCACUGCCCCACAGUUUGGAAACAGCUGGGAAGUGGAGACAGACAGUGAUAAGGGUUGUUUGCCAGACUUAAGAGAAGAUGAUGAUCCUCCUUGCACUGCUGAGAAUAAACAAGGCAUCGAAAGACAGUGCAAUGUUCUAAAAUCAGACAAAUUCAAAGAAUGUCAUAGUCUAGUCAACCCUGAUGACUUCAUAGAGAUCUGCAUCUAUGAUAUGUGCCAGUAUGAUGGCAUGAAGUCUGCUCUCUGUGACAUAGUUCAAGUCUAUGUGGACACCUGCAAGAACCACGGAAUCACCAUUAAAUGGAGGAAUAGCACAUUCUGUCCAUUGCCCUGCCCAUCCCGGAGCCACUACAAAGACUGUGUCUCUCCCUGCCCAUCAACAUGCAGUGACAUUUUUGCCUCUUCCCUUUGUGACAAGACAGAAGAGUGCACAGAGGGCUGUGAAUGUGAUGAUAAUUAUGUGCUCAGCAAUGGCAACUGUGUGCCUCUCAGCAGCUGUGGCUGCAGGGAUGAUGACAACAACUACUAUAGUGCUGGGGAGACAUGGCUAACUCCGCACUGCACCAAAAGAUGCCAGUGCAAGAAGAACGGUGUCAUCAGUUGCAAGAGCUAUAGCUGUGAUUCCAGAGAAACCUGUGUGAUCAAAGAUGGAAAACACAAGUGCAAUCCAACAGGUUUUGGGAGAUGCCGGGUGAUGGGUGACCCACACUACAUCACCUUUGACGGGCUGGUGCACCACUUCCAAGGGAAAUACACAUACAUUCUGUCUCAGACCAUCCCUGACCUACCUGACACUCUGACACAGUUCAGCAUUGAAGGCAUGAACUAUCCUUUACGUGGAAGUCGGCGCAUUACUUACCUGAAAGAGUUGCUCAUCAAUGUUUACAACCACACAGUGCGAUUCAGGCAGAACAAGCAGAUUCUGUUGGAUGGUGAGAGGGUGAAGCCCCCUGUUCGACCUCAUGAAGGUAUUCGUAUAUACCAGAGGGCAACAAGAAUUUACCUGGAGACAGAUUUUGGCUUAUACCUGAGCUUUGAUGGCAAUCAAAAUGCAGACAUAAAGCUGGCUACCACCUACAGAAGCAGAGUGGAAGGCUUGUGUGGUGACUUUGAUGGGAGCCAGAAAAAUGACUUCACAAAUCCAGAUGGUGCUCUGGUGAGGAACGUGAAUGUAUUUGGUGAAAGUUGGAAAGUUCCUCUGAGCAGAAGCUCUCGUCUCAGACGAGAUGUCAUCACAGAAAAUGAGUCUGAGGAGGAACCAGAUACAGGGCUUUUCCAAGGUUGCAAUGAAAAUCAGCUGGAGCAGCAAAACACAACUACAAAGUGUCAAAUCCUGACUGACUUGAAUGGUCCUUUUGCCAAGUGUCAUUCUGCAGUUGAACCAGAUUUCUAUUUCACGAGCUGCCUGUUCGAUAUGUGUGUGGAAGAAGAUGAGGUUGCUACCUUGUGUCGCAGUCUGGAGGAAUAUGUGCUGGCUUGUCAGCAGCAAGGAGUCAGCAUGGAUGGCUGGAGGCAACAGUCAGGCUGUGUUAUGUCAUGUCCUGCCAACAGCAACUACAGCUCAUGCAUGACUGCAUGCCCAGCAUCCUGCAACGACCUGACCAGCCCCUCUGAGUGUGAAUCACCCUGUGUUGAAGGCUGUGAAUGUCUCCCUGGUUAUGUUCUUAGUGGCUUUGACUGUGUGCCUUACAAACAGUGUGGCUGCACAUAUCUUAACAAAUACUAUGAGAUUGGAGAAAUAUUCACCACUGAUGACUGCUCUCAGAAAUGCCAGUGCACAGAAAGCUCCACUGUUUCCUGCUCUGACGAAGUUUGUGGGUCUGGUGAAAUCUGUGGCAUUUCAAACUACAGUCGUGGAUGCUACAGGAGUGGUCCCUGUAUGCCAAACCCUUGUAAGAAUGAUGGUAUUUGCUCUGAAACUUCCAACAGCACUUCCCUCCACUUCUGUGAAUGUUCAGAACUCUACACAGGAACAAACUGCGAGACUGAAAAAUUAGUCGUAGAGCCUGACUCAGAGGAUUCGAACCACACAAUUGCCAUUGUUGUUGGAGUUGUGGCAGGUGUAGCUGUUAUUGUCAUUCUCAUCUCCUCCACUGUGUACCUGUUCAGGAAGAGAAAGGUGGAUACAGCUACAAUAUCAAGGGAUUCUUCUAUGAAAUGGUCUAGAGAUGAACUGGAUGCCCGAGUACGUGAGCAAGACUAUGGCUGCAUCGUGAACAGAGCAUUUGAUCAAAACGACUCCCCAAAUACACAUCUAUAAUUAACAAUACUAUUCCUAUUCCUAAUAAUUUGUCAUACCUUUUACUCUUGUAUUUAAUCAUAUUUUAAUACUUUGAGAAGAAAUAAUAAUAAAUUUAUCAUUG